AAAUUGAUCAAACAGCUAGCUUUCACCUAACGUAGCCAUCUUCAACUCUCCUUCUUCCUUGGAGAGAUUCUUGUUCAUUUUCCUCUGCCCUUUCAAACAAUUACCGCGAAAAUAUGGCGUUUUCUGAUAGAAAAUCUUUGAUCCCAAAUUAUCUUUACAGUACAACAUCAGCUAAUUCUUCUAAGAAUCUCACUACUGCUUUGGACAAUCAUCAUGGCAAUAUGGAUAAGAAGAAUUUCUUGAUUGCAGCACCAAAGGAGGGUUCAGGUUAUAAGGUAGAAAUGUACACACCGGCGUUUUACGCAGCCAGCACGAUCGGGGGUAUUUUGAGCUGUGGUCUUACACACACGGCAGUUACUCCUCUUGAUCUUGUCAAGUGCAACAUGCAGAUUGAUCCUGCAAAGUUCAAGAGUAUAUCCUCUGGUUUCGGAAUUUUACUUAAGGAACAAGGCAUUAGAGGAUUAUUUAGGGGUUGGGCACCUACUUUCCUUGGUUACAGUGCACAAGGAGCAUGCAAAUACGGAUUCUAUGAAUAUUUCAAGAAGUACUACUCAGAUCUUGCUGGCGCGGAGAAUGCUGUCAAGUACAAAACUUUGAUUUACCUUGCUGGUUCUGCUUCUGCUGAAGUUAUUGCUGAUGUUGCUCUCUGCCCAUUUGAGGCCGUCAAAGUUCGUGUUCAAACUCAGCCUGGAUUUGCUAGAGGCUUGUCUGAUGGACUUCCCAAAUUUGUCAAGGCUGAAGGAGCUGCGGGGCUUUACAAGGGGAUUGUACCUCUAUGGGGACGACAAAUUCCAUACACCAUGAUGAAGUUUGCAUCAUUUGAAACCAUAGUAGAACAACUCUAUAAACAUGCCAUUCCAACCCCAAAAGACCAAUGCAGCAAUACUACACAGCUUGGUGUGAGCUUUGCUGGUGGAUAUUUGGCUGGUAUUCUUUGUGCUGUUGUGUCACACCCUGCUGAUAACCUAGUUUCUUUCCUCAACAACGCCAAGGGGGCAACUGUUGGUGAUGCUGUAAAUAAACUAGGCCUCUGGGGUCUCUGUACUCGUGGUCUUCCCCUUCGUAUAUUCAUGAUUGGAACACUGACUGGAGCACAAUGGGGAAUCUAUGAUUCUUUCAAAGUUUUCGUUGGCCUGCCAACCACAGGUGGUGCUGCUCCUCCUGUCCAGAAGUGAAGAAAACAUUGAUUAUUACAUAAUAUCUUCUUCUU